UUAAACCGUUGUCAGGCCCAGACAGAUACCUUCUCUGCAAUAACAGUGCAUUGUAAAUUUGUAAACGGCACAGCUAAUCACCUGUGCUUGAGAUAAAUCUUAAAACAGCAUUUACCGUGAUGGCGUACGGUGUUGCCCACCCUCUUCUGCAACCUCCGUUUAUUGUUCGUAGGCUUUCCCUUGAGGAUCCCCUAUUCUAUCUUCACUCGGGUUGCACAGGUGCACCUGACCUUUUCCUUCGUAUCUUUUCUUGCGCCUUUUCGUAGAACUUCCAUUUAAUUUCGAGCUAUGGUUUUCACUUCACUAUACUCGCUCUGCGGCGCUGGCUUCGCCCUGCUUCAGCUGCUAGCUCCAGCCACAGCACGUCCAAUAGCACGGUCUACAAGCUCUUCCACAUUGGUGGCUCUUCAGUUUGCCAACGUGCUGGAGCAGCUUGAGUCCACUUUUUAUGCGCAGGCCCUUCAAAAGUUCAACCAGUCAGAUUUCACGGCAGCGGGCUUUGCUUCGGCUCAGGUUCCCUUGCAACAGUUUCAGGCCAUCUUCCAGGAUGAGGCCAUACAUACAACUACAUUACAGUCCGCCAUUAAUGCGUUGGGCGGUCAAACAGUGUCAAAUUGUACAUUCAACGUUGCUUCCUUGCUCACCGAUGUACCUACUAUGGUAGCGGCAGCGAGACUAGUUGAAAAUGUUGGUGUCAGCGCCUACCUUGGUGCCCUGACUUUGAUCAACGACACGGUCCUCGCCACCGCAGCUGCCACCAUUAUGACAGUUGAAGCGCGUCACCAAACUAUUCUUAAUGUGCUGGCAGGGGGCACCGCGAUCCCUCAGGCGUUUGAUGUUGCUUUGAAUCCAUCUGAGAUUCUUGCAUUGACAGGGGGAUUGAUUUCUGGAUGCAACCUUGGAAUUCCAGCGAAUGUGCCGCUCCAAGUUAAUAAUCCUGGUUCUAUUCAAGCAGGAACGAAGUUGAACUUUACUUCUGCUGCACUGAACGGAACGAUUCCGGUAGAGGAACUGUCCUGUCAAUUCCUCGCCGGCGGCUUGCCUGUUGCUAUCUCACAACCACUAUCCAACUGUAGCGUCCCGGCCAAUGUAACUGGUCCUAUGUUUGUGUUCGUGACCAACAGUAGUCAGCCUCUCGCGAAUAACAUUCGCGACGCCGCGACUGGCACCAUCGUUGCAGGUCCAACGAUGAUCUUCAUCGACAAUCAACAGGAUGCGCUGGCGAUUGCAGCACGUCCUGGUCUCAACUCCACUGUGACCACCAGUAGCACCUCAACGUCUUUUGCGGCACCAACGACAGUCACUUUGACUCCACCCACUCCCACUCCGAGCACAGUCGUGAGCGGUACAGUCACUUCAACCGUGCCGUCUACUUCUCUGCCCAACUCCAUGGCUCCCAGUUGGACGGCUGUGACCAAAACAAUCUCGCCAUCUGAAGCUAGUAGUAUUCUCGGGAGUGCUGUGCCAUCUAUGGGUUCGAGAUAAAUGUCGAGAAUUGAUACGAGAUGCUGGAUCGAAUUAUAUUGCACAGAUAUCUAGAGUACAUCAGGACUGAACUGACGACUUUAGGGAAUAUUGAUAGAAAAGGACGAUAAUUCAUAGGACA